AGGGGCUUCACAGCACACACACACACAGUCACUCAGUCCUGUAGCCAAGAGUGUUUGGCUUUUCUGUUUCCUGCUCUCCAGUAUUGUCUCCUUCUAGUAGACAAGAUGAGUACUCCUAUUAUGCAUGACAUGACGGAGUUUGGGGAGGCUGCUGAGUACCUCCGGAAAAGUUAUCAGGAGCAGAUGAAAUAUCAAACUAUGCCAUUUGAUGGAAAGAAGAGGGCCUGGAUCCCAGAUGAAAAGGAAGCAUAUAUUGAAGUUGAAAUCAAAGAAUCCUCAGGUGGCAAAGUCACUGUGGAAACCAAAGAUAAAAAGACUGUUGUUGUUAAGGAGGAUGACGUUCAGCAAAUGAAUCCUCCCAAAUUUGACAUGAUUGAAGACAUGGCCAUGUUAACUCACCUCAAUGAGGCCUCUGUGCUGCAUAACCUGAAACGGCGGUAUUCCAAAUGGAUGAUCUAUACGUACUCAGGCUUGUUCUGCGUCACCAUAAACCCAUAUAAAUGGCUCCCGGUCUAUACUGCUCCUGUUGUAGCAGCCUAUAAAGGCAAGCGGAGGUCUGAGGCCCCACCCCACAUCUACUCCAUUGCGGACAAUGCCUACAAUGACAUGUUGCGCAAUCGGGAGAACCAGUCUAUGCUCAUCACCGGAGAAUCUGGUGCUGGUAAGACUGUAAACACCAAGCGAGUCAUUCAAUACUUUGCCAUUGUCGCAGCCCUGGGUGACUCUCCGGGCAAGAAAGGACAAGCACCUGCCACUAAAACUGGGGGUACCCUUGAAGAUCAAAUCAUUGAGGCUAACCCAGCUAUGGAAGCCUUUGGCAAUGCCAAAACCUUGAGAAAUGACAACUCCUCACGGUUUGGCAAGUUUAUCCGCAUCCAUUUUGGCCCAUCAGGGAAGCUGGCUUCUGCUGAUAUUGAUAUCUACUUGUUGGAAAAAUCAAGAGUGAUUUUCCAGCAGCCAGGAGAGAGGAGCUACCACAUCUACUAUCAGAUCCUUUCCGGAAAGAAGGCGGAGCUCCAAGAUAUGCUUCUGUUGUCUUCCAACCCCUAUGACUAUCAUUUCUGCUCACAAGGUGUAACAACUGUGGACAACCUUGAUGAUGGAGAUGAGCUCAUGGCUACAGAUCAUGCCAUGGACAUCCUGGGCUUCAGCCCCGAGGAGAAAUAUGGCUGCUAUAAAAUAGUAGGAGCUAUCAUGCACUUUGGCAACAUGAAAUUCAAGCAGAAACAACGUGAGGAGCAGGCAGAGGCUGAAGGCACUGAAAGUGCUGAUAAAUCCUCUUACCUCAUGGGGAUCAGCUCAGGUGAUUUAAUCAAGGGGCUGCUUCACCCCAGGGUGAAGGUUGGAAAUGAAUAUGUGACCAAAGGUCAGACUGUUGAUCAGGUGGUGUAUGCAGUGGGCGCCUUGGCCAAAGCAACCUAUGAUCGGAUGUUCAAAUGGUUAGUUUUUCGUAUCAACAAAACUUUGGACACUAAACUAGCCAGGCAGUUCUUCAUCGGAGUGCUGGACAUUGCUGGCUUUGAAAUCUUUGAGUAUAACAGCUUUGAACAGUUAUGCAUCAACUUCACCAAUGAGAAGCUGCAACAGUUUUUCAACCAUCACAUGUUUGUCUUGGAACAAGAAGAAUACAAGAAAGAAGGGAUUGAAUGGGUCUUCAUUGACUUUGGCUUGGAUCUGCAAGCUUGUAUUGAUCUAAUUGAAAAGGAAAACCUGAACAAACUGAUGACCAAUUUGCGUGCCACCCAACCCCAUUUUGUCCGUUGCAUCAUCCCCAAUGAAACAAAGACUCCAGGAGCUAUGGACCCCUUCCUGGUGCUGCAUCAGUUACGCUGUAAUGGUGUGCUGGAAGGCAUCCGUAUCUGUAGGAAAGGGUUUCCUAACAGAAUUCUCUAUGCUGACUUCAAGCAGCGCUACCGUAUCCUGAAUCCUGCUGCCAUUCCAGAUGACAAGUUUGUGGAUAGCAGAAAGGCCACAGAGAAGCUGCUGAAUUCCUUGGACCUUGACCAUACGCAGUACAAGUUUGGACACACUAAGGUGUUUUUCAAAGCAGGCUUGCUGGGUCUACUGGAAGAGAUGCGAGAUGAACGUCUGGCCAAGAUUAUCACCCUUCUGCAGGCCAGGAUGCGGGGACGUCUGAUGAGAAUUGAGUAUCAGCGGAUCCUCCGCAGAAGGGAAGCACUCUACACCAUCCAGUGGAAUAUCCGUGCUUUUAAUGCUGUGAAAAAUUGGUCCUGGAUGAAGCUUUUCUUCAAGAUCAAGCCUCUCCUCAAGUCAGCACAGUCAGAGAAGGAAUUGGCUGUCCUCAAAGAAGAAUUACAGAAACUGAAGGAGGCCCUGGAGAAGUCAGAUGCUAAACGGAAGGAGCUUGAAGAGAAACAAGUCAGCAUUAUCCAAGAAAAGAAUGACCUAUCACUACAGCUUCAGGCGGAGCAAGACAACCUUGCUGAUGCUGAAGAACGCUGUGACCUCUUGAUCAAGACCAAGAUCCAGCUGGAAGCCAAGGUGAAAGAACUGACAGAGCGCCUGGAGGAUGAGGAAGAGAUGAACUCAGAGCUGACUUCUAAGAAGCGAAAGCUGGAGGAUGAAUGUGCUGAGCUCAAGAAAGACAUUGAUGACUUGGAGAUCACCCUGGCCAAGGUGGAGAAAGAAAAACAUGCCACAGAAAACAAGGUGAAAAACCUGAUUGAAGAAAUGGCUGCUUUAGAUGAGGUCAUUGCUAAGCUGACCAAGGAAAAGAAGGCAUUGCAGGAAGCCCACCAGCAAGCUCUGGAUGACCUUCAGGCUGAGGAGGACAAAGCGAACACUCUGGCCAAGGCCAAAGUCAAGCUGGAACAGCAAGUGGAUGAUCUGGAAAGUGCUUUAGAACAAGAGAAAAAGAUACGAAUGGACCUGGAAAGAGCAAAACGCAAAUUGGAAGGCGAUUUGAAGCUGACUCAGGAAUCUGUGAUGGAUUUGGAGAAUGACAAACAGCAGCUGGAGGAGAAGCUCAAAAAGAAAGACUUUGAAAUGAACCAGUUAAAUUCAAGAAUUGAAGAUGAGCAAGUCCUUGCUGCUCAGCUGCAGAAGAAGAUUAAAGAACUCCAGGCCCGUAUUGAAGAACUAGAAGAGGAACUGGAGGCAGAGCGAGCUGCCAGAGCCAAGGUAGAGAAGCAGCGGGCAGAGGUGGCCCAUGAGCUGGAAGAGCUGAGUGAGAGGCUAGAAGAAGCAGGUGGGGCCACUGCUUGUCAGAUCGAACUGAACAAGAAACGUGAGGCAGAGUUCUUGAAACUGCGCCGAGACCUGGAAGAGGCCACGUUGCAGCAUGAGUCGACUGCUGCAACUCUGCGCAAGAAGCAUGCAGAUUCUGUGGCUGAACUGGGUGAACAGAUUGACAACUUGCAGCGAGUCAAGCAGAAGCUGGAGAAGGAGAAGAGUGAGCUGAAGAUGGAGGUUGAUGAUUUGUCAUCCAACAUUGACUACCUCACCAAGAACAAGGCAAAUGCUGAAAAGCUUUGUCGAACAUAUGAGGAUCAGCUGAGUGAAACCAAAUCAAAGCUGGAUGAAUUCCAGCGCCAACUGGCUGAUGUGAGCACCCAGCGUGGAAGACUGCAAACUGAAAAUGGAGAACUUAGCCGUCUUCUUGAAGAAAAAGAAUCUCUAAUAAACCAAUUAAGUCGAGGCAAGACAUCCUUUACUCAGACCAUUGAUGAACUCAAGAGACAACUAGAAGAAGAGACCAAGUCAAAGAAUGCUUUGGCUCAUGCUUUGCAAGCAUCGCGCCAUGAUUGUGACCUUCUGCGGGAACAAUAUGAAGAAGAGGUGGAGGCCAAGGGGGAGCUCCAGCGGUCCCUGUCAAAGGCUAAUGCUGAAGUGGCCCAGUGGAGGACCAAAUAUGAGACAGAUGCCAUCCAGAGGACAGAGGAGCUGGAGGAAGCCAAGAAGAAGCUGGCCAUCCGGCUGCAGGAGGCAGAGGAGGCUGUGGAGGCAGCACAUGCCAAAUGCUCCUCCUUGGAGAAGACAAAGCACCGACUGCAGACUGAGAUUGAGGACCUGUCGAUUGACCUGGAGAGAGCCAACUCAGCGGCAGCCGCUUUGGACAAGAAGCAGCGCAAUUUUGACAGGAUCAUUGCUGAAUGGAAGCAGAAGUAUGAGGAGACACAAUCAGAGCUGGAAGCCUCUCAGAAGGAGUCCCGCAGCCUGAGCACAGAACUCUUCAAGCUCAAGAAUGCUUAUGAGGAGUCUUUAGAGAAUCUAGAGACUCUCAAACGUGAAAACAAGAACCUACAAGAGGAGAUUACUGAUUUGACUGAUCAGAUCAGCAUGAGUGGCAAAACCAUCCAUGAACUGGAGAAGCUGAAGAAAGGCCUGGAGAGUGAGAAGAGUGACAUCCAGGCAGCCCUGGAGGAGGCUGAGGGAGCCCUGGAACAUGAGGAGAGCAAGACCUUGCGCAUCCAGCUGGAGUUGUCCCAGAUCAAGGCUGAUGUUGACAGGAAAUUGGCAGAGAAGGAUGAAGAGUUUGAGAACUUGAGGCGUAACCAUCAGAGAGCCAUGGACUCCAUGCAGGCUUCACUGGAUGCAGAAGCCAAAGCGAGAAAUGAGGCUAUCAGGUUGCGAAAGAAGAUGGAAGGAGAUCUGAAUGAGAUGGAAAUACAGCUGAGUCAUGCAAAUCGCCAGGCUGCUGAGUCUCAGAAACUGGUGCGGCAGCUCCAAGCACAAAUUAAGGAUCUGCAGAUAGAACUGGAUGACACCUUGCGCCAUAAUGAUGAUCUGAAGGAGCAGGCCGCGGCCCUGGAAAGACGCAACAACUUGAUGCUGGCUGAGGUGGAAGAGUUGCGUGCAGCCCUGGAACAGUCUGAGCGUGGAAGGAAGCUGGCGGAGCAGGAGUUGCUUGAGGCUACCGAGAGGGUCAAUCUUUUGCACUCCCAGAACACAGGGCUGAUUAACCAGAAGAAGAAGAUGGAAGCAGACAUCUCUCAGCUGAGCACCGAAGUAGAGGAGGCAGUGCAGGAGUGUCGGAAUGCAGAAGAGAAGGCGAAGAAAGCCAUUACUGAUGCAGCCAUGAUGGCAGAGGAACUGAAGAAGGAGCAAGACACAAGUGCCCACCUGGAACGGAUGAAGAAAAAUAUGGAGCAGACCAUCAAGGACCUGCAGAUGCGGUUGGAUGAGGCUGAGCAGAUUGCCCUUAAAGGAGGCAAGAAGCAGAUCCAGAAACUGGAAGCCAGGGUGCGAGAACUGGAGGGCGAACUGGAUGUAGAACAAAAGAAGAACGCAGAGACCCAGAAGGGUAUUCGCAAAUAUGAGCGCAGGAUCAAAGAACUGACUUACCAGACUGAAGAGGACAGAAAAAACCUGGCACGGAUGCAGGAACUGAUUGACAAGCUCCAGAGCAAAGUGAAGAGCUACAAGCGCCAGUUUGAGGAGGCAGAACAGCAAGCCAACUCCAACCUGGUGAAAUACAGAAAGGUACAACAUGAGCUGGAUGAUGCCGAGGAGCGGGCAGAUAUUGCAGAGACACAAGUGAACAAGCUUCGGGUUCGCUCUAGGGAGUUUGUAUCACUGAAGCAUGAAGAAUAAGAAGCCGCAGUGCAACACCUCUACUAUCAUGUGUGUCUUUGUAUAGAUGUAAAUGGCUGCAACAGUCAUUUUGGUCUCAGUAGUGAAUAAAGCCUAUCAUUCAUGAAA